UACCACGGCACCCCGCGAGAGAGAGAGAGAGAGAGAGAGAGAGAGAGAAGGAAAGGGAGAGUGGGAGAGUCAACGAGAGGUUGGUCGAGCUGGUCGAAUGGCAUAUGCAGGAGGUGCUGCUUCAAUGGCAGCAGCUGUAUUGGGAGCGCGUCUCCCUUCUUCUUCUCGAACCUUACUCCUCCCACCUCGCCCUUCCCUCCUCCAUCACGACCGUACAUCUUUCUCUCAACGGCUUCCAGAGUCCCGCAGGUUUUCUCCACUUCUUAUAAGGGCCUCUUCCUCCGAAGAGACAUCAAGCUCUGUUCAAGUUGAAGAGGUCUUCUCAGAUUUGAAGGAGAAGUGGGAUGCACUUGAAAACAAGUCUACGGUAAUUGUCUAUGGAGGAGGGGCGAUAGUAGCGGUUUGGCUCUCAUCCAUUGUUGUUGGUGCUAUCAACUCGGUUCCUCUGCUUCCAAAGAUUAUGGAAUUAGUUGGGCUUGGAUACACCGGAUGGUUUGUCUACCGUUACCUUCUGUUCAAGUCGAGCAGAAAAGAGCUAGCCACAGAUAUAGAAGAGUUGAAGAAGAAGAUUGCUGGAACAGGCGAGUAGGUGCAAGUUGGUGGGCUGCGGAACUCAUCUGCUGGUUUAAUCAACCCACACUUUCACAUCAUUGAUUCAAAAUUUUCCCUGGCUGUCUUAUUUAUGUAUAACAAGAAGUUGGAUCUUGUAUCGUAAGCACUUAUAAGUCUGUUUCUAUUGUUCUCUUUUGGCCUUUUAUGAUUUGCUCAUCAGAAGUUUGGAUGAUUUAGCAUCCAUGGACUAUUUUGCUUGGUGACCUUGGAUAGCUGGAGAAGUAUAUUUUGUAA